CACAGCACCGCUGACGUCCGCCAAGUGACACGUCGGGACGCCCUCCCAGAUAUUCCUGUAACUGAGCUUCGUCGAAUGACGUCACGCCAUCGCGCUUGCCUGAUAUCUCUCACCGGUCUCGGCAUUGAUUAUUACCUACUGCGAGUGCGACUUACGUCAGGGUAGACAUGCACUCGUACUACUAUUUAUUUAUGUCCGCAACAGUGUAAAUACCUUUGAAUUUUCGUUUGCAUCCAAGCAAUCGGUUAUCGCGAUCGGAAUAUUGUUGACGCGCGUUUUUCCUUACACCCUCCCAUGCCAUGCUGGGAGACCUCCCCACAGGCAGGCUUUGAUUCGAAAAAAAUCAACAACAACUCGAGAAAAGGACCCUCAGUUCUGUAAGAGUAUGUGUUUAAGUGAUGGUUUUUUCAUGUGGAGGAUUUUUGCUAGGUAGAUGACACACAACUCUACAUUCGAUCGGAAUUAGGAGAAGAAUGUUUAACUUUAUUUUAUGAGAGACACGUUCACUGGGAAGAAAUCAUGGGAAACUCCUGCAGCAGUGGACAGGCCCACAAGGAUAAGGAUAACAUGUCCCAAAGAUCAGAAGAGUCUGGCAGCUACCAAAUCCGGACUAGCUUGCCCAGCGAUAAACAGCAGACCCUUCUGAACCACAUAACGCCCCACUCGGGGGUGAUUCUGGAACCGAGCACGGCAGGUCAACCGCCCCUUCAACAGGUCCACGCCGCUCCUUCCGCACACGCUGAAAAGAAAACCAACCUGUCCAAAGUGCUACAAGGAAUUACUGCCGCCAACAUCUCAGCAGAUUCGAUGUCGUUAAGCUCACCACCGGGGAUUCAUAGUCCCAAAAGUUUCGAUAAACUAAUAGAUGGGAAUUUGCCAAAACGAGAAGAAGUGUCCAGUUUGUCGGAACAGUUGCAAAACUUGAUUAUGGGUAGAGUUGCCAACGCCAAAACGGCGACAAGGACAAGAAAAAUUGUUGUAUACGUAUGCGCAGCAGAUUCUCAAGAUUGUGGCGUGGAAAAGGCAUCCUUGCACAACACCGUUUAUCCCGAACUAAGGACGCGAUGCAGAGCCAAGGGAUACGAGCUACAUAUAGUCGAUUUGCAUUGGAAAACGCUUCUGGAAAAACAACAGGAUCACGAAUUUCCCGAGCUUUGCAUUGGGGAACUUACACGACAAAUGGAGGUGGCGUACGUAAUUCCAGUGCUUUUCCUCAAUAACUCACUGGGGACUCCCCUGCUACCAAUCACAAUAGAAAGUGCAGACUUUAAGAUGGCCAUGGAAAGCGCUGAAAAUCAAUCCGCUCAAAGUUUAUUAUCAAAGUGGUACCAAUUAGAUAGCGAUUCUCAACCACCUUGCUAUCGCCUCCAACCGAUCUCAUCUCACAUACCGGGCUUCAAGGAAACAUCUACAGAGUUCAGGGAAAAAGCUUUCGAAGAGUGGCGGAGCGAAAUUGAAAAGAUGUUGGGAGUUCUCAUCACAGUGUUCUCGCAAGAAUUAAGGGACACCUACCUUACGACAGUGGUGGAGCAAGAAGUACACAACACGGUAUUUAUGAGCCAAGAGUUGGCCAAGAGGUGCAUUUGGAUGAACAGGGUAUACAUGCCGACUGAGAAAACUCCCGAAAACAUGACCCCUUGUGAUGCUGAAGGUUACAGAAGACUGAGUGUUUUACAGAAGGAUUUAAGGAAUCAACUAACAGAAAAGCACAUAAAUCGCAUCCCAGUCAAAUUUGUGGAAGGCGGUUUGAACUUGGAGAACCCUGAUCACCAACAGUACGUCUCUAUAGUGACGACGAAUUUACAGAAACAAUUACAGGAAAUGAUUGAUUCUAUAAUAGAAGAACACCAGGGCAAAACGAUGUUAAAGCCGAGUUACGGAAUUGAGGCUGCCCUCUUUGAGGAGCUCAACCAGCAGACCAGUUUUUGCCAAAAAGCUGCACAAUGUAGUAUUAAUAGGGACAAAACAAUAACUAACAUUAGAUUAUAUAUUACCGGUGAAAGCACAGCCCCUUUAUUCCUCUACGGUCCUGGUGGUUGUGGAAAAACCACACUGUUGUCUCGUGUCGCACAGUGUUGCCAGCAGUGGUUACCCGAAGCUUUUGUUAUUUUAAGAUUCGUCGGUAUUAGCGCUCAGUCGAGCACUUUAGAGCAAAUACUUAGUUCAAUUACAAAUCAGUGUUCAAUUUUAACCUAUGGUCAUAAAUGUUUCUGCGAGCACAAUUUGGAAACUUACGAGAAGGAGUUCCCAAAUCUUCUGAAGGCCAGCUGCUUGCAAAGGCCGUUAAUCAUAGUUUUGGACGGCAUAGAUCAAGUGAGGCCGUACAGCUCGAAAACAAUUGACUGGCUGCCCACCAAGCUUCCGGACAACGUAAAACUAAUAAUUUCUGUAUCAGAAGGUAGCGAAAUACACGAUGAAAUCACUCGUAAAUUUAACGAAAAUAGUUUUAUUAAAAUGCCUCUUCUCGGAGAGGCUGAAGCCAAAGGUAUUCUUAUGUCUAGCGUAAUGCAAUAUAAUCAUAGCGUUAAUUCUAAAAUUCAAGACUGUGUGUUGAAAUCUGUCCAAGAGUGCACUCUUCCAUUAUAUUCCAAGGUUUUAGCUUGGCAAACGUCUUGGUGGGUGGAUAAAGAACACGACAUCGUUCCUAAAGGUCACGUAGAUGAUCAAUUAAGCUUAAUGUUAGAGGAAUUGGAAACCAUACUGGAAAAGACGCAGGUCCAGCAUGCCCUUGCAAUCAUUACGUGUACCAAACACGGUGUCACAGAUUCGGAAAUGAUAGACUUGCUCGCGUUUGACGAGAACUUUCAUAGCAGCACUACUUAUGUUUCUUGGGCACCAGCUUGUUUGGCAUGGUCCAGGCUGAACAAACAUUUAGCUCCUUUUCUGCAAUGGACAUUGACAGGUGGCGUACUGGGCGUUCAAUGGAGAGACAAUAUGCUCAGACAAGCCGUAGCAACAAGAUACAAGGAGCACACUAAAUGGGCUCACCAAAUGAUAUACGAUUAUUAUAUUGGGAAAUGGUGGACGACCAAACCCAAAAAUGUACAAGCCAGACUUGUUUCUCAAGACAACAUUCUAGGAAAAUGUUACAAUAGAAGAAAACUAGAUGAACUGCCAUUCCAUUACUACCAACUAAACUCGGAAAUAGAAAAAUCCUCCUUCAUAUCAGACUUAAGUUGGAUAUACGAUAAAGUCUGCGGUUCGAACUGCUACCAAAUCCUGGAGGACAUAAACCUUCAAUCCGAAAUCACCGAAUCGUACACAAAACUGAUAAAAGACUUUAUCGAGACGCACGCCAGUCUUCUGAACUACGACGGCCGACAGUUCUACUCACACCUGAACAAAUAUUUGGAGGACAAAAUAAAGAAGAACGAAUUGACGGACUUGAGCGAUAAAGUGAAGGAAAUGCACGAGCUCGCCAAGAAUCCUCCGGUUUUGACGUUGAUACCGCUUAAUUGCGAAACAUUGGACCAAGACAGUGAAAAUAAGGACAGGACAUUUAAGGAUGUCGCGUUCGACUUAGUUUGUAGGGUACCUGACACCGACAGGUUCAUCGUUACUGUGUCUACCAAUAAACAGGAGAUAUGCGUGUGGGAUGUUCAAACGUCAAAGGCUGUAAGGACAUUGACGGGAGUGCCUCAUCCGACCAACUUAAUACCGAUAGACCAGUUCAAAUGUAUAGUAUUAUGUAGAAGGGAGUUAAGAAUAUACGACUUAAACUCUGGUAGUUUCCUGACCAAGCUUAAGGGAGUUAUGAACCAGAAAAUGCCUUAUUACGGGCUCCACGACCAAUCGCAUCUUGUAGCGCUUAGUAGAAACAGAAUGUACAUUAAUCUCAUGAACUUGGAAACAGGUGAUUGCGUUACUACUUUCAAGGCUGGGGAGGACCGCUUUCUUAAUUCCCUGCUGGUUUCAGGAGAUGGGAGAGUCCUUGUGUGUGGUGACGAGACCCAAAAACCUUUUCCUUUGUUAGUGUGGAACUUGCAAUCGAAGAAACUGCUGUACGACCUUAGAAUAUCCCAUCACGAUUUUAUCACCUCGUUGUCUGCAAUAACCUACGAGGGAAACUAUGUUUGUUGCGUUUGUCACGAGAUCGACGAACCUAAUCCGAAUUUCAUUGUUGUUUAUGAUUUGCAAAGUGGCACUUUGUUCAAAAAAUGGAAGCCGUCCUGUAACACGGUUUCCUUAGAAAUAAGCUCUCAAGGUGGCUGUGUCAUUUCUGGACUGGAGGAUGCCAGGAUUCUCGUGUGGGAUCUCAUAACAGGAAACUGCCGAUGGUCUUUGUUUGGACACACAGCUCCAGUUUCUACUUUAAAAUUGGAUCCUACAGGUGGCAUGUGUCUUUCGACAGACGCUGAUUGUAGGGAUCGUUCUAUACGAGUUUGGGAUCUCAAUAAAGGUAAUUUAGUAGCUGUAUAUACCCCAAAAACCGAUAUAACCGCCUGCGAAAUCACCUCGAACGGUCAACAUAUCGUGCUUGCGCUGGAAGGCAUCGAGCAGCCAAUCACAUUGCAGUUACGCGGCCCCCAAGUGGCUCACAAUCAAGAAGGCGACGGAGAAUCGUACGGAAACGAAGAGAACGCGGGAAAAAUCUUCGAGCUAAAAGACGAAUGCUGACCGACAUAGACUAUAAAUCAUUUAAGUAUCCCAGGAAUUGUAUUAUACUCGAAUUUUUGUUUGUAAGGGGGACUUCCACUGUCAAAAAUAUGAAAAUAAGAAAAAUGGGUCUUUCAUACCCAGGGAACAACAUAAAUUAAAAAUAUCUCGAAUCGAUUUCACAUUUUCAUAAUUUUUUAACACCCUUUACAUAAAAUUACAUUUUUUUUUAUGUCAAUGUUAUUUUUUAACGAUUUCCUAAUUUCUAAAACUUAUAACAUUUUCAAAAUUCACAUAAAUGUGUGGGAGAAUUUUAGAAAGUUCUUUUAGAAUUUUAGAAAGUUCUGAGAAUUAUAAAAAAUUCCAAAAUACCAACAAUGUCCUACAUAUUUAAAAUUUAUAAGUUUUUAAAUUCUGUAGAAUUUUCAUUCAAAAUUUUUAGUUUUUUGUUAAAUUUCCUAAAUUUUAACAUUUUCAAAAUAAUAAAAUUAUAGAAAAAUGUAAUUUUUUUAAAUCUACAAAAUUUAUAACAUUUUUAAAAUUCAUAUAAUUUUUAAAUGAGUGGGAGAAUUGAAUUGAAUAUUGAAAGUUCUGAAAAUUAUAAAAAUUUCCAAAAUAUUUAAAAUUGUAAAAUUUUUAGUAUUUCAAAAUUUUUCAAAAUUACCAAAAUUAAUGACAUUUUUUAAAUUCAGUAGAUUUUUCUUUCAAAAUUUUUAGUUCCAUAUAAUUUUCAAAUGAGUGGGAGAAUUUUAGAAAUAUUGAAAGUUCUGAAAAUUAUAAAAAUUUCCAAAAUAUUCAAAAUUCAACUCUUUACAUAAAAUUCCAAUUUUUUUAUGUCAAUGUUAUUUUUUAACGAAAAAAUUAAAAUAUAUAUUUUUUUGUAAACUCAACCCUGGGACCUACUGUAUACAUAUUAAAUUUUAUGCCUAUAGGCAUGUAUACAUAUAUAUUUAUACAAGUAAAAAGUUUGUUCCUAUAAAAUAAAAGUCAUGGCAAUUCAUUGUUAAUUUUGUAAAAUAAUGUAUAUUAAAAAUUUUAUUGCUCCCUGGGAAUUUUAAAUAGCAGGAAAAAAAGAAUAUAUUUUUCUUAUAUCUUGCUUAAUUUUAAGAUUUUAAAACCCCACUUUAUUUGAAAAUAAAAUAUUUUAUUUAUUUAAUUUAACGACGUUUCUUAAAUUUUUCGACUUUUCAUAAAAAUUGGCUUCUAUCGGAAGUGAGCACGGCAUCCUCCAUCGCACACUAGAUUGCGACAGAUACAGUGCUCUGAUUGGUUAAUCACAUCGGGUAGAUUCCGAUUACUCUCUAGAAAGCAAAGUGGCCAAUUUCAAGAAAACUGUUUUGCAUCUAGAAUUUUUUAUUUAUUUAAUUCUUAAAAAGUUUUUAAUCAGUUUAAAAAAACUUAUUUUUGUAUAUUUAACAGUUAAAUGUACCCCUAGUCGCGUAUUUGUCAAUAUUUUAAGACUGCGAACUGUGCUGGUAGCAGUUCAGGUUUAAAUAAAGCAUUUAAGUAAAAUAUUUAUUAUUUAGGAGGAUAAUGUUAGGUGUUUUAGAUCGACUUUGGUUCCUAUAAUAAAGUUAAGAUUAAAAUUAUUAGGUGAGAUUUAUAUACAGGGUGUUCCAGCACAAUACAUUGUUAUUGUUUUUUAAGAUUUUCUUAAUCAUUUAAUGUCACCAAAGGAGCAAUAUUUGGUACAUAGAUACAUAGGUAUAUUUACAUUCACUGCUAAGGUUUGCCUACUAAAUUCUGGGACACCUUGUAUAUUUUUAAGCAAUUGUAUUUUUUUUUAAAUUACAUACCUACUCAUUUCGCAAUAAAAGUAGGUAUAGGUAGGUAUCUACCUAAAGGUAUAUCGGGAAUGUUUAAAAAAACACAACAUAUUUAUUAUUAUAUAUAAGUGUGAAUAUUUUAUAUACCUACUGCUUUGGAUUUAUUUUUUUUAUUAUAAUUAAUCCAUUGUAAGUACAAUUAGAUAUGAACUAGUCCUUUAAAUAUUUUAGAUGGCAAAUCCUGGAGGAUAUUAUUCCAAUUUUGUUGAAAAAUUAAUAAAUAUUUUCCAAAGUAAAAUAUUGACAAAUAAGCAAUAAAUGCAAGUGUUAUAGUGUAAUUAAAAACCCUAUUGUUAAAAAAAUAAAUUCCCAUCUGGUAUGUGGAACAAUAUUAAUUGAGACAUUAUAUUUGUAUGUUGUGAUUCUUGUGUAUAAAUAAAUGUAAUAAAUAUUAUUUCAA